GAGGGAGGCCCUCGGGGUCUACCCAGGGGGACUUCAUGAGAACCAGCCACUUCAACAGACCCUACAGAAACAGAUGAGAAGACGGGAGCCCAAGGGAGAUGUUCUUUCCCCUCAAAGUAGGAACACCUCAGCCUGAGACAGACCCAGCAGGAAGGGCUCUGGGAGCCUGAAAGACUAGGCCGGGCCGGUGCAAGGCUGGGGGAAAGGGAGGGACCAGCCCUGCACCAGUGGGUGUGGCUCCACCCUUCCCACCUCAGAGCCAUGGGGAGCCGGGGUCCUGGUGGGCUGCCCCUGGUGCAGGCCCCCUACACGGUUCUGCUGCUGCCACUGGAGACAAGCCGCCAAGACCCAGGGGCCCAGCGCUUCUUCCUCUGGCUGCAGAGGAUGCAGGCUCUGGAGCGGGAACAGGAUGCCCUGUGGCAGGGGCUGGAGCUGCUGGAGCAUAGCCAGGCCUGGUAUGAGGGCCGUCUGAGGGAGGCCCAGCAACAGCAGCUAUAUCUGGGGGCCCUUGGUGAGAAUUUUCCAACAGAUUUACACUCAGAGCCUGGUGGCCCCCAGUUUGCCCAGAUUCAAAAGGUGAACAUCUGUUUGCAGAAUCUGAUUCAGGGGAAGUUCUCCCCGCAUCCCCUGGACGAAGCUAGUUCCUGCGCCACCCAGGACUGGGAGGGAAGGCCAAGGAAGCAGAACGUGUGGCAGCAACACGUGGUGUCAAGGCAGCAGAAAGGAGUCGCUCAGCCAAAGGGGGAGAUGGCUCAGCCAGGCUGCCCCAAUGGACAGAGGGGCCCUACCCGUGUCUAAUGUGUCCUCUGGUUCCCCUCAGUUGUGCUGGCAAGGCUGAGUCAGAACCCCCAGCCUCCUUAUUCUGCUUCUUGACUCAAUAGCUAAAUGGCUCCAGGUGGAGGGUCAGCUGAAACCUGACAUCUUGCUGUGAAGUUUCUUCUCCACUCCUGAAAACUUCCAUUUCAUCUUUUUGGUAUCUUACGCUCUCACUCUUCCCUAUAUGAUGUGCAUAAGUGAUCUUUCUUUGAAAUCCCUCUGGGGAGAAGACAUGUUUAUUGGCACUGUCCUUCAACUUUAAAUACAAAAAUAAAAUAUAAG